UCUCUAAAAACUGCGGCUGUUCACAAUAAUAAUAAUAAUAAAUAAAUAAAUAUGGCGCCGGCGUUACUGACAGAUCUAGCGACGGAAAUUAUUAUUCCGGUAUGUGCUGUUAUCGGUAUCAUAUUUUCAUUGGUCCAAUGGGCAUUGGUUUCAAGAGUUAAGCUCACUCCUGAACGUAACGGCCCGCCGUCAAAUACCAAAAAUGGAUUUAACGAUUCUUUGAUUGAAGAAGAAGAAGGUGUUAACGAACAUAACGUUGUCCUUAAAUGCGCUGAGAUUCAAAGUGCCAUUUCUGAAGGAGCGACAUCCUUUUUAUUUACCGAGUAUCAGUAUGUGGGUAUUUUCAUGGUUGUUUUUGCAAUCUUGAUCUUUCUGUUUUUGGGUUCUGUUGAGGGAUUCAGCACAAAGAGUCAACAAUGCACCUAUAAUGUCCAUAUGAUGUGCAAGCCUGCACUUGCUACUGCUUUGUUUAGUACUGCAUCGUUUGUGCUUGGUGCGAUUACCUCUGUACUCUCUGGUUUCCUUGGUAUGAAAAUAGCUACUUAUGCGAAUGCAAGAACAACACUCGAAGCACGAAAAGGUGUCGGGAAAGCUUUUAUUGUUGCUUUUAGAUCUGGUGCAGUUAUGGGUUUUCUCCUUGCCGCAAAUGGUCUUUUGGUUUUGUAUAUUACUAUUAAUGUCUUUAAGUUGUAUUACGGCGAUGACUGGGAAGGCCUUUUCGAGGCUAUAACUGGUUAUGGACUUGGUGGAUCUUCAAUGGCUCUGUUUGGAAGAGUUGGUGGAGGUAUAUAUACUAAGGCUGCUGAUGUGGGGGCUGACCUUGUUGGGAAGGUCGAAAGGAACAUUCCUGAAGAUGAUCCUAGAAAUCCUGCUGUGAUUGCUGAUAAUGUUGGGGAUAAUGUUGGUGACAUUGCGGGAAUGGGAUCUGAUCUUUUUGGUUCAUAUGCCGAAUCAUCUUGCGCUGCACUUGUUGUUGCUUCCAUUUCUUCUUUUGGAAUCAACCACGAGUUCACUGCAAUGUGCUAUCCAUUGCUAGUUAGCUCAAUUGGAAUUGUUGUUUGCUUAAUCACCACACUUUUUGCUACGGAUUUUUUCGAAAUCAAGUCUGUCAAAGAUAUUGAGCCAGCACUAAAGAAUCAACUUAUUAUAUCUACUGUUCUGAUGACCGUUGGAGUUGCCAUUGUUAGUUUUAUUGCACUGCCUACAUCCUUCACUAUCUUUAACUUUGGUGCUCAGAAAGUUGUGCAUAACUGGCAACUUUUCUUGUGCGUGUGUGUUGGUCUUUGGGCUGGUCUUAUCAUUGGUUUUGUAACAGAGUACUACACCAGCAAUGCAUACAGUCCCGUGCAAGAUGUUGCAGACUCGUGCAGGACGGGAGCUGCAACAAAUGUCAUCUUCGGGCUUGCUCUGGGAUACAAAUCUGUCAUUAUUCCUAUUUUUGCAAUAGCAAUCAGCAUAUUUGUGAGCUUCAGCUUUGCAGCCAUGUAUGGUAUUGCAGUUGCUGCCCUUGGAAUGCUGAGCACAAUCGCCACUGGACUAGCCAUAGAUGCUUAUGGUCCCAUUAGUGAUAAUGCUGGCGGCAUAGCUGAGAUGGCUGGUAUGAGCCACAGAAUCCGGGAGCGAACUGACGCACUUGAUGCAGCUGGAAACACCACAGCUGCCAUUGGAAAGGGAUUUGCUAUUGGCUCGGCUGCUCUGGUUUCACUGGCAUUGUUUGGCGCAUUUGUGAGCCGUGCAGGAAUUGAAGUGGUUGAUGUGUUGACACCAAAAGUGUUCAUUGGUCUAAUUGUCGGUGCCAUGCUUCCAUACUGGUUUUCAGCCAUGACCAUGAAAAGUGUAGGCAGUGCAGCUUUGAAAAUGGUGGAGGAGGUUCGUAGGCAAUUCAAUACCAUCCCAGGUCUAAUGGAAGGCCUUACCAAACCAGAUUAUGCCACUUGUGUCAAAAUCUCAACUGAUGCAUCUAUCAAGGAGAUGAUUCCACCUGGUGCACUCGUCAUGCUAACUCCACUCAUUGUUGGGACCUUAUUUGGAGUCGAGACUCUUUCAGGUGUUCUUGCUGGCUCUCUAGUUUCGGGUGUCCAGGUAGCAAUUUCUGCAUCAAACACUGGUGGUGCAUGGGACAAUGCCAAAAAGUACAUUGAGGCUGGUGCGUCUGAACAUGCAAGAACCCUAGGACCAAAGGGAUCUGAACCACACAAGGCUGCGGUGAUAGGUGACACCAUUGGAGACCCAUUGAAGGAUACCUCUGGUCCAUCUCUCAACAUUCUCAUCAAGCUCAUGGCGGUGGAGUCGCUUGUGUUUGCUCCCUUCUUUGCUACUCAUGGCGGUUUGCUUUUCAAGCUUUUCUAAGGGCAAUGAUGGACCUCUUUUGUAGUAGUAUGUCUUAGAUUUCCUGCAGCUUUUAUAUUUAGCUGCUCUGGUUUAGGUUUAGUCGGAUAGUAUUUUUGAUGAAUAUCGAGAUUAUUAUUCGUAUUAGAGGAGAUUUAGAAUCAAGAAUAUUUUGUUAGUUUUCUUGAUACCGUUUAAUAUCAGCUGGUUGGGAGAAGUAUGCUAUCUUUCUUAA